AUGAAAACUUUACUUUUCAUUGCAAUUUGUCUCUUAAUUACUUGGUUGACUUUCAUCAAGGCCAACAAUGUUGUAAUCAACAAUAACCAAGAAAAUGCAGCACCAACCGAAGCUUUGAAACAAAAGAGAGGUAAUCCAAUGCCAUACUAUUCACAACGUCCACACACUGAUUGUUAUACUUACAAACAUGGUAAACCAUGUCCAAAACCAUCACCUUCUCCACUUCCAUCUUUUGGUAUUCCUGGAGGUUCUUCACCAAUUGAUGUGUACGUUCCAACAUCUGCUUCAUGUGCAAAUGCAUUCGCAUCCAUUUCUUCAUACACUUUCGAAUCUGGUAAUCUAGUUCAAUAUAGACAAUGUAGAUCUUUAGUUUUAUGUUUACAAAGAUGGGUUGAACAAUUGCUUCAACUUAUUCUUGCUGGAUUGACUCCUGGAGCUACAUUUUCCAAUACUCUUUCAAGUGUAGUGGUUGAAUUGAAUACUGCAUUUGGUUAUGUCAAUUCAAAUCUUGGUGGAAUUUUAUCCGAAUCUGGAACAACAGUUAAUCCAGUUACACCACCUAAUUCUCCAUGUACAUUAGAAUUUGCACCUGUCUUGGCAGCUAAUGGUCUUGUCUAUCCAAAUGAAUGUUCAGCUCGUGUUGCAGGAGCUCCAAAUCCAUACGUCAAUGUCACCUUAAAUGAAGGAGCUACUGCUAGUGCAGGUGCUUAUUCAUUGAGCGAUGUUACCAAUCCUAGAAUUGCAUUGACAGUCUUAUACACUAAAUAUGUUGUCAAAAUUUUAGGUUUCAUUCAAACUUAUUUGAAUGAGUGCGUCUUAUCAACUGAGAGUAGAGUUUUCACAAGUGGAAUUUCCUCAUUGAAUACUGCAAUUGGAUUGAUUUGGAGUGGAGAUUACAAUGCAGCAAAGAAUUUGGUACUCGAUUUAUCAAGAAAUGUUUAA